AUGCCUUCUAUCAAGAACACUCUCCUGGCUGUGGCUUCCGCCGCUGUUGUGGCCGCCAAGUCCGCCAAAGUCAAUGUUUACUACGGCCAGCAGGGUAGCAAUGAGCUGUCCACCAUCUGCGAGACCGGCAUCGACUACGUGACACUGGCCUUCAUCAACGUCUCGCCCGAGAACGGCGGCAAGUCCGGCUAUCCUGGUGACAACUUCGCCAACCACUGCUUUGCUGGCUACUACCCCGACUCGUUCCUGCUGAAGGACUGCCCGGACAUCACCGAUGGCUGGCAGACUUGCAAGGACAACGGCGUCAAGAUCCUCCUGUCCAUUGGCGGUGUCUUCUCGCCGACCUCCAACUACACCGUGUCCUCCGACGCCGAGGCCACCAAGUUUGCCGACUUCUUGUGGGGUGCCUUCGGUCCGUAUGACGGCACCGACACGUAUCCCCGUCCUUUCGAUGUCGGCGCCACCCACAACUCCGUCGACGGCUUCGACCUGGACAUCGAAGAGAAGUUCGCCGACCAGGGUCCCUGGAACACCCUUGUUUCGCGGCUGCGCACCAACUUCAAGGGCGGCGAUUACCUUGUCACUGCUGCUCCCCAGUGCCCCUUCAACGACAGGAACUUCCAGAUGACUGGUAUUCUGGCCGGGUCCAAGUUUGAUCUCCUCUUCAUCCAGUUCUACAACAACCCGGUCUGUGAUGGCUUGAAUGGGGGUUUCAACUUCAAUGCCUGGGUCACCCACCUCGACGGCUCCCCCAACGCUGACACCCCGCUGCUCAUUGGUCUGCCCGCUAGUCCCGAAGCGGCCGGGUCCGGCUACCUUAACCCCAAGCAGUUUGAGGACCUGAUUGUCAAGUACCGCGGCAACAGCCACUAUGGUGGCAUCAUGCUGUGGGACGAGUUCUUCGGUCUCAACAACCCCGUCGAGACCAAGCAGCAGGGCAAGACCAACUAUAUUGGCCUGGCUGUCGAGCUUGCCAACCCUGCUGACCCCGUCCCGUCGAUUAUCUCGACCUCGAGCGUCGUCUCUACCAGCUCGGCUUCUUCAUCCGCUUCGUCGUCCGCUUCUGCCUCCAGCUCUGUCUCGGCCUCCAGCUCUGCCUCCAGCUCUGCCUCGGCCUCCAGCUCUGCCUCCAGCUCUGCCUCCAGCUCUGCCUCGGCUUCCAGCUCUGCCUCGGCCUCCAGCUCCGUCGCCUCGUCGUCUGCCUCUGCUUCGGCUUCGGCUUCCGGCUCGGCCUCCAGCUCCGCUGCUUUCAGCUCCGCUCCUUAUUCCAACUCGAGUGCCUCAGCCUCAGCUGUCCCUAGCACGUCCAGUGGCUCUGCCGGCGGCUCUGCCAGUGCUUCGGCCUCUACCGGUCCCAUCUCCAGCCCGGCUGUUUCGCCUUCCGCCUCGCUGAUCACCUCGACUGUCCGCUCGACCUACACGAGCACCAUCCUGUCUUGCGCCCCGACGGUGACCAACUGCCCUUACGGCAAGGUGACCACGGUCAUCGUCGAUCUGUACACCACCAUCUGCCCAGUGACUGCUACCGAGAAGCAUACCACCAGCACCCCUGCCGGCGGUAACGGUGGUGCUGGCGGUGCCCCUGUUGUCAGCACCAUCUACAGCACCAGCUACGAGACCAUCACCUCGUGCGCUCCCGAGGUCACCAACUGCCCGGCCCGCGUCAACACCCACACGGUUGCUGUCAGCACCAUCACUGUCUAUCCCAGCUCGGGCUCUGGCUCUGGCUCUGGCUCUGGCUCUGGCUCUGGCUCUGGCUCUGGCUCGGGCUCGGGCUCGGGCUCGGGCUCGGGCUCGGGCUCGGGCUCGGGCGCCAACUCGUCGCCGAUCAUUGUUGGCCACGUCGCUGUUCCCACCACGACGCUUAUUGCAGUGCACUACAGCAACUCGACGGCCUCGAAUGUUACCAAGGUCAAGCCUACGACCGUUGGUGCCGGUUCGGGCAGCGGCAACGGGAACGGCAACGGUGCUGGCUCUGGCGCCACGGCCAGCGCCUCGCGCCUUUCCUCAUCGCCCAGCAGCAGUGUCGUCACUGCUGGCGCUGGCAAGGUGUCGACCCAUAUGGGUCUGGCCGCCCUGUUCGUCGCCGGUGUUAUGAUGAUGCUGUAA